AUGCCUCAUAAGCACACUCGGAGAGAGAAGGACGAGUCAACCAGCUUCGACCUCCCUCCAUCACAAAUCGCAAAGCCCCUUCCACCGACAACCAUCUCCAAAAAGAAGAAGGCGGGGCAGAAGAAAACCGACGAUGUCCCAAAAAAGAGCGGCCAGAAAAGGAAACGAGGUGGGGCAGACGCCGACGAUGCGCCGCGCGCCUUCAAGCGCCUGAUGGCGUUCGCCAACGGCAAGACACCACGCGACGGUCUUGACAAUGACCCGUCAGCAGCAGCACCUACAGCCCAAGACCUCAAAAUCCGGCCCGGCGAGCGCCUCUCCGAGUUCAGCCGCCGCGUCGACGCCGCCCUGCCCAUCAGCGGGCUGGUCCACAAGACGGUCAAGAACGGCAAGGACCCGCUCGGGCUCAAGGUGCGGCGCACCAAGAAGGAGCGCAAGAUGCAAAACAUGUACGCCGAGUGGCGCAAGAUAGACCGCAAGAUUAAGGAGCGACGCGAGGAGGAGCGGGAGCUGGCCGAGGAACGCGAGUUGGAGAACGAGGCGCUCGGCGUGUCGUGGAAACUCGAGCUCGAAGCGGCCGCGGGACAAGGGAAGAAGAAAGGAGGAAAGAAAGGCAAGAGACGGCGACUCAUCGGCGAGGUGGGCGGGCCGGAGGGCGAUCCGUGGGAGGAGAUCAAGAAGAAGAGGGGGGAGGCGAAGGUGGGCCUCAAUGAUGUUGCGCAGGCGCCGCCUGAGCUCAAGCUGCCGCGCAAGAAUCUGCUUGUGCGCGGCGCCGCCGUCGCCGUGGAGGAUAUUCCCAAGGCUGCGGGCAGCCUUCGGCAAAGAGAGGAGCUGCAGGGCAUUCGGCAGGAAGUGGUGGCUUCGUAUCGGAGGAUGAUGAGCGAGAGGCGUCCUGCCCUUGGGACGUAG